UUCUGUCAUGAAGGUUGUGGUGUCAUGCAUAAACUUCAUCAGAGCAAAGGGACUUAAACACAGGGAGUUCCAACAAUUCCUGUCUGAGCUGGAGUCUGCGCACGGCGACGUGCUGUAUUACACAGAGGUCCGAUGGUUGAGCCGGGGCAGAGUUUUGAGGCGUUUUUACGAGCUGCUACCCGAAAUUAACGCAUUUCUUCAUUCAAAAGACAAAACGGUCCCAGAGCUGAUGGACCCAGAGUGGAAAUGGCACCUGGCAUUUUUAACAGAUGUGACAGAAAUGCUGAACAGCCUUAACUUGCAGCUACAAGGCCAGGGGAAACUCAUUUGCGACAUGUAUUCCCACAUAAAAGCAUUUGAGGUGAAACUAGCGCUGCUUUUGGAACAAGUGAAAAAGCACAACUUCAUCCAUCUCCCUGCUACCCAAAACCUCUCUGCAGAGAACCCAGCGGUCCCGUUCCCAACUGAAAAGUGUGUGGAAGCACUGGAAAUGCUGAAGGCGGAGUUCGGUGUGCGAUUCCGUGAACUACAUGUUAAUGCAAAAGAAAUCCGUCUUUUCCAGAACCCCUUUGUUGCCGACAUCGAUGAAGCCCAGCCUUCUUAUCAGUUUGAGUUGGCCGAGUUACAGAACUGUGAUGUUCUGAAAGACGCGUUCAAGCCCAACAGUCUUAUUGACUUCUAUGCCGCCCUCCCAAAUGACACGUACCCUAACAUAAAAAAACACGCAAUGAAGAUGUCCACACUUUUUGGUAGCACGUAUAUCUGCGAGCAAACCUUUUCACACAUGACACUCCUGAAAACUCCGAUGAGAUCAAGAUUGACAGAUGAACAUCUGCAUCAGUGUUUGAGACUAGCUGUGACUAGAAUGGAACCUGACAUUCAACUUCUCACCAGCCAGAUGCAGGCCCACAGUUCACACCGAUGAACAUACAUAGGGAAGUUGAUGAGAGAGAAAGCUGCAAACAGCGGUAUCUACAAGCCUUCUGGAACCUUCCUUAUAAGGAAGGAACACAAGAACUUUGAAAGACUGCUCAUAUGAGUCAUUUAAGAAAGAGAUUCUGCUCUGACAACUUUACCUGUUAAGAUGUGCACGGCACAACAUAAAAUUAAUGUUCCACAGACUUUUUUUUCUGUGAAGAACCCAGAGAGGGUUAUUUGGUUAUUAUUUCAUAAAUAGUGUUAUUUAUU